AUGGAAGGGAACCAGACCGUGCUUCACCCUCCGCCUUCCAACACCAAGCAGGGAGAAAGAAAACCACCUAAGGUGUUUGCCUUUGAUCACUGCUUCUGGUCCAUGGAUGAAUCAAACACCACAAAAUAUGCAGGUCAAGAAGUGGUGUUCAAGUGCCUUGGAGAAGGAAUUCUUGAAAAGGCCUUUCAGGGAUAUAAUGCUUGUAUUUUUGCCUAUGGACAGACAGGUUCAGGAAAAUCCUUUUCAAUGAUGGGCAAUGCAGAGCAGCUGGGUCUGAUCCCACGGCUCUGUUGUGCUUUAUUUCAGAGAAUCUCUGUGGAAGAAAACGACUCUCAUACUUUUAAAGUUGAAGUAUCCUAUAUGGAAAUCUACAAUGAGAAAGUCAGAGAUCUGCUUGACCCGAAAGGGAGUCGUCAGUCCCUUAAGGUUCGAGAGCACAAAGUGUUGGGACCGUAUGUAGAUGGCCUGUCUCAGCUGGCUGUUACAAACUUUGAGGAUAUUGAGUCACUGAUGUCAGAGGGAAACAAAUCACGGACAGUUGCUGCAACCAACAUGAAUGAAGAAAGCAGCCGCUCUCAUGCUGUGUUCAAUAUUAUAGUGACUCAGACACUUUAUGACCUGCAUUCUGGUAAUUCUGGAGAGAAAGUCAGCAAGGUCAGCCUGGUGGAUUUGGCUGGGAGCGAGAGAGUGUCCAAAACGGGAGCUGCAGGAGAACGUCUGAAGGAAGGCAGCAACAUAAACAAAUCACUUUCAACGCUGGGCUUGGUUAUAUCAUCACUCGCUGACCAAGCGGCAGGGAAGGGGAAAAACAAGUUUGUGCCUUACAGAGAUUCUGUACUCACUUGGCUUCUCAAGGACAACUUGGGAGGAAACAGCCAAACUGCCAUGAUAGCCACAAUUAGUCCAGCAGCAGACAACUAUGAAGAAACACUCUCUACUCUGAGAUAUGCCGACAGAGCCAAAAGGAUAGUUAAUCAUGCUGUGGUGAAUGAAGAUCCAAAUGCUAGGGUCAUUAGAGAGUUACGUGAAGAAGUGGAAAAACUGAAAGAACAGCUCUCGCAAGCUGAGGCCAUGAAGGCACCAGAACUGAAGGAAAAAUUGGAAGAAUCUGAAAAACUAAUAAAAGAGCUAACAGUCACCUGGGAAGAAAAGCUAAGGAAAACAGAAGAAAUUGCACAGGAGAGGCAAAGACAGCUAGAGAGCAUGGGAAUUUCCCUUGAGUCUUCAGGUAUCAAGGUUGGUGAUGACAAGUGUUACCUGGUGAACCUGAAUGCAGAUCCUGCACUCAAUGAGCUUUUGGUUUACUAUUUAAAGGAUCACACAAGAGUUGGUGCAGAUACCUCUCAGGAUAUACAGCUCUUUGGUAUAGGAAUCCAACCAGAACACUGUGAGAUUGAUAUUGCUUUAGAUGGAGAAGUUACACUCACACCAAAAGAAAAUGCAAGGUCCUGUGUAAAUGGUGCGCUGGUAUGUUCUGUCACUCAGUUAUGGCAUGGGGAUAGAAUAUUAUGGGGAAACAACCACUUUUUUAGAAUCAAUUUACCAAAGAGGAAACGACGAGACUGGCUGAAAGACCUUGAGAAAGAAACUUCGUUAGGAGAACAUGAUCUGGAUGCAGCUAGUGAAGCUUCUUCAGAACCAGACUACAGCUAUGAGUUUGCACAAAUGGAAGUUAUUAUGAAGACACUGAAUAGUAAUGACCCAGUGCAAAACGUGGUCCAGAUCUUGGAGAAACAGUACUUGGAAGAGAAACGGAGUGCUCUUGAGGAGCAGCGGCUGAUGUAUGAACGUGAGUUAGAGCUGUUGCGACAGCAGCUCUCUCCAGAAAGGCAGCAUCAGCAUGGCAGUGACAGACUUUCCUAUACUGCUCAGACUGCACAGCAGAAAGUAAAUCUCUGGACAGAAGAGAGGGAUGAAUUGUUUCGACAGAGCCUGGCUAAACUUCGAGAGCAGAUAGUAAAGGCAAAUACACUGGUGAGAGAAGCAAACUUCUUAGCAGAAGAAAUGAGUAAACUGACAGAUUAUCAAGUAACACUUCAGAUCCCUGCUGAAAACCUCAGUGCCAACAAAAAGAGGGGUGCAAUAGUAAGUGAGCCUGCUAUUCAAGUGAGAAGAAAAGGAAAAGGUACUCAAGUGUGGACCAUUGAGAAACUAGAGAACAAAUUGAUUGACAUGAGAGACCUCUAUCAAGAGUGGAAGGAGAAAAUUCCUGAGAUAAGGAAGCUCAUUGGCAAAAGAGGUGAUCCUUUUUACGAAGCGCAAGAGAAUCACAACUUAAUUGGCGUUGCAAACGUGUUUUUGGAGUGCCUGUUCUCGGACGUUAAGCUGCAGUAUGCCGUGCCCAUCAUCAGCCAGCAGGGGGAGGUUGCAGGACGGUUGCAUGUUGAAGUAAUGCGAGUCACUGGGUCUGUCCCAGAACGUGUAGUAGAAGGAGAUGACUCAUCUGAGAACUCCAGUGAGAGUGGGAGUCUGGAAGUCAUGGAUAACAAUGGAGAAAUUAUUCAUAGAGCAAAAAAGCUCUCCUGCAGGGUAAAAAUAAAAGAAGCAACCGGACUGCCACCUAAUCUCUCCAAUUUUGUCUUUUGUCAAUAUACAUUUUGGGAUCAAUGUGAGUCAACAGUAGCGGCACCAGUGGUAGAUCCAGAUGUGCCUUCACCUCAGAGCAAGGAUGCUCAUUUUACAGUGACCUUCUCCCAUUGUAAGGACUAUGUGGUGAAUGUCACAGAGGAGUUUUUGGAGUUCAUUUCAGAAGGAGCUCUUGCUAUUGAGGUGUGGGGUCACAGAUGUACUGGCAAUGGCAGUUCUGUCUGGGAAGUUGAUUCUCUUCAUGCUAAAACUAGGACACUGAGAGACAGGUGGAAUGAAGUAACUCGAAGAAUAGAAAUGUGGAUUUCCAUACAAGAAUUGAAUGAGAUGGGAGAAUAUACUGCAGUUGAACUCCAUCAGGCAAAAGAUGUAAACACAGGGGGGAUUUUCCAGCUUAGGCAGGGUCAUUCUCGCAGAGUUCAGGUGACAGUGAAACCCGUACAACAUUCGGGAACGUUGCCUCUCAUGGUAGAAGCAAUUCUUUCAGUCUCUAUAGGUGGUGUGACUGCCAGAUCAACCAAGCUGCAAAGGGGCUUGGACAGCUACCAGAAGGAGGAGGAUGAUGGUGGUGAUAUGGAUAGUUACCAGGAAGAAGAUUUAAACUGUGUACGAGAAAGGUGGUCUGAUGCAUUGAUAAAACGCAGAGAAUACUUGGAUGAGCAGAUUCAAAAGAUCAGCAAUAAACAAGAAAAAUCUGAGGAUGAUAUAGAACGAGAAGCCCGUCUGGUUGAGCAGUGGGUAGGACUGACAGAAGAGAGGAAUGCAGUGUUUGUUCCAGCACCAGGCAGUGGAAUUCCCGGUGCCCCUGCAAAUUGGAUUCCACCUGCAGGAAUGGAAACACAUAUACCUGUCCUCUUCCUUGAUUUGAAUGCUGAUGACCUCAGUGCCAAUGAACAACUUAUAGGUCCCCAUGCAUCAGGAGUUAACUCAAUACUACCAAAGGAGCAUGGGAGUCCAUUCUUUUAUCUGCCGAUCAUAAAACACAGUGAUGAUGAGGUUUCAGCCACUGCUGCUUGGGAUUCUUCUGUUCAUGAUUCAGUGCACCUGAAUAGAGUAACUCCUCAAAAUGAGAGAAUUUACUUAAUAGUGAAAACUACAGUGCAGCUCAGCCAUCCUGCUGCAAUGGAACUGGUAUUACGCAAAAGGAUUGCAGCCAAUAUUUAUAACAAGCAGAGUUUUACCCAGAGCCUGAAAAGGAGAAUAUCCUUGAAAAAUAUAUAUUAUGCCUGUGGAGUGACCUAUGAAAUAGUAUCCAAUAUACCAAAGGCUACAGAAGAAAUUGAGGAUCGCGAGACCUUAGCGCUGAUGGCUGCAAGGAGUGAGAAUGAGGGCACAUCCGAUGGUGAAACAUACAUUGAAAAGUACACACGUGGUGUGCUGCAAGUGGAGAACAUUUUGAGCCUUGAACGACUAAGACAGGCAGUCACAGUCAAAGAGGCAUUAUCCACCAAAGUGAGAAACAUCCGCAGGAGCAUCAGCACUCCAAAUGUCCACAAUGUAUCUUGUAGCCGACUAGAUCUUUCUGCCUGUGAUGAAGAUGAGAAGGGUUGGUCUGAAAGUCACCUAGAUAUAUCUGACUGUUCUUCCAGUUAUCAAGAUGUAUCAUGCUAUGGUACUUUACCCAGGGAGUCACCUCGCAAGAGCAAGGAUGGCAGUGGUGUUGUAUCAGAGAAUUCCCAUGCUGUAAUGGUCAGCCCUUUUAAAGCAUUUUCUCCUCAGCCACCAAAGUUUUUCAAACCCUUAAUGCCAGUGAAAGAGGAACAUAAAAGAAAGACCCCGCUUGAAAGCCGACCACUGCUUAGUCAAGAGGACUCUGAGGAGGAAGACAGUGAGUUGGAGGCCAUUAAUAAGAAGCUGAUAAGUCCACAAAGUUUUCAGAAUUUCCGGCCUUACAUUCCAGAGGAGUUUGCUGACUUCAGUGUUUACAAUGCUAGCCUGGAGAACAGGGAAUGGUUUUCUUCUAAAUCAGACUUCAUGAGUUCGCGUGUUCUUGAGAAAGAGGUAUCCCGCAGCCCCACCACUAGCAGUAUUACUAGUGGCUACUUUUCCCACAGUGCCUCUAACGCUACUCUGUCUGACAUGCUUGUUCCCUGUAGUGAUAGCACAGACCAGCUAGCCAAUCACACGAAGGAGCUGGACUCUAAUGAUCCCUCAGGAUCAUCUCUUGUACAUGAUUUAAGAUCUUCUUCGAACAAGGAUUGUCAAGAGUCAGAAAAGGAGUUAGCGAGAGAAAAGUUACUUGUGUUACCACUGAAAGAAAACAGUGCCUUAACGGAACAAGUACCACUGUCCCUCGAUGCCAGACAGACUGACAGAGAGACUCAGCAGUUAUGCAGAGCUGGAUCAUUUUCAGCUUUAAGUUCCCCAGAUGGCAAAAAUACCUGUGGUUUGAUUGAAUUUUCAGCGCGUGAAGCAACAGUUGAGCACAUGACAGACAUUCUGGAAGAUCACUCCUUUACAGAGUUCAUGGGCGUCGAAGAUGGAAAGGACUUUGAGCACUCGACAGCUCCACAGUCGUGUUCCCUUGCGUCCUCUAAUGGAGUGAGUUCCUUGGAGUUACCCCAAGGCACAGACAAGGAGCAGAGCACGUGCCUGGGCCAGCUGGGCUCGGCAGUGGCAGCAGGUGACCGGCUUGCAGGUGCUGUGGAAAGCCCUUUGUGUUCUCUACUGGUAAAAGAGACUUCAGGCCGUGAGACUUACCCUGAUACUUCUGUAGAUGAUUUUCUUGGGAAAGACCACUUGGAUGCUUCCGAUUGUGAAGAAGGUGCUUCUGCAGAUCAAACCCACCUCUUGCCUAGCUGGGUGGCAGUGGGCGAACAAGUCUGUGUUGGAAGUAAUAAGAUGGGCACGGUGAGAUACGUUGGAACAGUGGAUUUUUCAGCUGGAAUCUGGGUUGGAGUUGAACUAAAUGUUCAGCUGGGGAAGCAUGAUGGAACUGUAAAAGGCAGAGAGUACUUCCACUGCAAACCACGGCAUGGUGUCUUUGUUCGUCCUGGGCGCCUCAGCAAAGCACCAGCUUCUGCAAGGAAAUGGAGUAGCACUUCACGGUCUCAGGCAUCUUCCACUUCAGAGAAACGGAAAAGCUCUGUGCUUCAAGGCUCAUCACCCACCCCUAAAACAGGAGAAGUCUUCUGCCAUUCAGGAGAUGCAGCGGCUUCUGCUUUUUCUAGGAAACAGGAAAACAGGAAAUCUUGGAUUAACUAA